AUGUCGUGGCGGCUUACUCCGUUUGCAGUCUUAGUGAGUUUCGGUCUUUCCCUGAUUAACUUUUUAUUAAGUCGACUUAUCGCAUCGAAGUUAAGUAGCACACGGGUGGAAGAUAAAUGCUCAGCCACAGAAGACGUUCCUCCCAAAGAAGUUCCUCCAUCAGAGGAGUUGUUAUCAAUUAAAGCGGAAAACGAGAAACUCCUCCAUGCUCGCGCGGAACUUGAGGACAAAUACAAACGGGCGUUAGCUGAGUCAGAAAACAUGCGGAAGCGGCUGAUGCGCCAAAUUGAAGAAGCUAAAAUAUUUGGUAUUCAAAGCUUUUGCAAGGAUUUACUGGAUGUUGCCGAUGUUCUAACGAAGGCAACGGAAGUCACACCCCAAGAGCAGGGGGAGGGGAAGGACAGUGCGUUUUCUAAUUUGUACGAGGGGUUGAAAAUGACCGAAGAUCGGUCAACCCUUGAUAGUGGGACAUUCCAAUCAAAGUUGCUUGAUCAUGAUAAUCUUCACACUCCAGGAUGGCUGCUUCCGCAUUUUGGUGGUAGGCAGCUAUGCUGCCGUCCGGCUCAAUACCACACCUAUCGGGGCCUUAUGUGGUUCACCACUCCAAGUCCCUUGGCUCAGGUUACCGGUUUCCAUCACUGA